UGGCAGGCAAUGCCGGAAACAGUAUUUUCGUGUCGCUAGCUUGAUCGUUCCUGACUUGCUUGUGGUUGAUGUUUUGUUAGCUAAUCUGGCUAGCAGAUGUCGACUGGUCUAACACAUUUUCAUAUGAAUAUAUGCGCAUAAAACGGUUCAAACGCCACUCCUAGUAAGAGGGGAGGAUGGCGCAUCGACUUACCCCACCUCCGUUGUCCCAGAGGACAGAGUACAUGGAACCCGAUAAUGACUCCGACAGGGACUCUGGUGUUGGGGACGAUGCAGGGGAGGAUGCUGACAGUUGCCAUGGAGGCACAGCAACAGAAGAGGAGAACGUCAACGAGCAAGAUGGCAUGGGGGAAAACAGCCGGGAGGAGGAAGAUUUUACAGUUUUUGUUGCCUUUCAAGGGAAUAUGGAGGAUGAAGACUUCACUCAAAAACUUGACACUAUCCUCAGUGGGAUACCAGACAUGCUUCAUAUGGACUCUGAGAGGUUACAGCCACAGCAUGUGGAGCCGUGGAACAGUGUGCGCGUUACCUUCAACAUUCCUCGGGAUGCUGCUGAGCGACUCAGACUGCUGGCCCAGAACAACCAACAGCAGCUCAGAGACCUGGGGAUUCUCUCUGUGCAGAUAGAAGGUGAAGGGGCCAUCAAUGUGGCUGUAGGACCAAAUAGAGGACAAGAGGUCAGAGUGAAUGGACCAAUUGGAGCACCUGGCCAGUUGAGAAUGGAUGUUGGCUUUCCAGGACAGCCUGGUCCAGGAGGUGUAAGGAUGGCUAAUCCGGCAAUGGUUCCCCCUGGGCCUGGCAUGGCAGGGCAGGCUAUGGUACCAGGCAGCAGUGGACAGAUGCAUCCUCGUGUUCCCAGACCAUCUUCACAGACAGAUGUUAUGGAUCCAAUGAUGCCAGGGAUGUCGGUUCAGCAGCAACAGCAACUUCAGCACCAACAGGCUGGUCCCCAUGCUCCAGGCCCUAUGCCUCCUCAGGCCGCCCAUCACAUGCAGGCUCUGCAGGGUGGGAGACCGCUCAACCCUGCUGCGCUGCAGCAGCUACAACAACAUCACCAACAGCAACAACAGGCCCAGCAACAAGCUCAGCUCUCUCAGCUUGGACCUAGACCUCCAUUUAACCCAUCGGGCCAGAUGGCUGUGCCUCCUGGCUGGAACCAGUUGCCCACUGGGGUCCUCCAACAACCACCAGCCCAAGGAGGCCCAGCCUGGAGAAAGCCACCACCCCAAGCUCAAAUGGUUCAACGUCCACCUUCUCUUGCUACAGUUCAGACUCCUAGCCACCCUCCUCCCCCGUAUCCAUUUGGCAGCCAGCAGGCUGGGCAAGUAUUCAAUGCCAUGGGACAGGGACAAAUACAGCAACAACAGCAGCCAGGAGUGGGUCAGUUUGCUACCCCCCAGCCUAAAGGCCCACAGGCUGGACCUGUUGGUGUUGCAGGACAACCCAGACCCCCUCCACCACUCCCACCAACAUCUGGACCGCAGGGCAACCUCACUGCUAAGUCCCCUGGUUCCUCCUCAUCUCCUUUCCAGCAGGGUUCCCCAGGGACUCCUCCCAUGAUGGCUCAGAGACCUACAACUCCACAGGGUUUCCCCCAAGGCGUUGGAUCACCUGGAAGAGCAGCCCUUGGCCAACAAGGUAACAUGCAACAAGGAUUCAUGGGAAUGCCCCAGCAUGGACAGACUGGGGCCCAAGUUCACCCAGGCAUGGCAAAGCGUCCAAUGGCCUUUCCAAACCCAAACUUUGUCCAAGGUCAGGUGAGUGCCGCUCCAGGAACCCCUGGUGGAGGAGCUGGUCAGCAGCUACAGAGCAGCCAAGCGAUGACUCACACAGGAGCGCCACCGUCGGCCACCACACCAAACUCAAUGCAGGGUCCGCCUCAUGCCCAACCCAAUGUUAUGGGUGUACAAAGUAGCAUGGCAGGUCUACCCCCUGGUACAACCACCGGGCCUAGUAUGGGCCAGCAACAGCCUGGCCUCCCGACCCAGAUGAUGGGCCUCCAGCAUCAGGCCCAGCCCGUGUCCUCCUCCCCCAGCCAAAAGGUUCAAGGCCAGGUUGGCGGUCAGACUGUCCUCUCAAGGCCCCUCAGUCAAGGGCAGAGAGGAGGGAUGACCCCACCCAAGCAAAUGAUGCCUCAGCAAGGCCAGGGGGUGAUGCAUGGGCAGGGUCAGAUGGUUGGAGGCCAAGGGCACCAGGCCAUGCUCCUACAACAACAACAACAGCAGCAGCAACAACAACAACAGCAACAAAACUCCAUGAUGGAGCAAAUGGUUGCCAAUCAGAUGCAAGGCAACAAGGCAUUUGGAGGCAAGAUUCCAGCUGGGGUCAUGCCAGGCCAGAUGAUGCGUGGCCCUGCUCCAAAUGUGCCGGGUAACAUGGCUCAGUUCCAGGGCCAGGUUGGCCCUCAGCAGAUGACUCCACAACAGCAGCAGCAAAUGGCUCAACUCCAACAGCAGCAAUUACAACAGCAGCAACAACACCAGUUGCAACAGCAACAACUACAGCAGCAACAACAACAACAACAGCAGCAGCAGCAACAACAACAACACCAGCAGAUGAACCAACAACAGCCCCAGCAGGUUCCUAUGGCUGGUAAUCCUAAUCAAGCUAUGGGCAUGCAUGGGCAACAGAUGAGGCUGCCUGCUGGUCAUCCUCUUAUCCAACAACAGUUGCAACAGCAGCAGUUACAGCAGCAACAGAAACAGCAGCAACAAGCUAUGUUGCAACAGCAGCAGCAGCAACAACAACAACAACAACAACAACAACAGGCAGCUCAACAACACCCACAUCCUUUAGUAGAUCCUAAUAGUGGGACAGGUGACUUGGGGGUCCAACAGAUGGUGCCUGAUAUGCAGGGACAGCAACAGCAAGGUAUGAUGGGGGGCCCUCAGCACAUGCAGAUGGGAAAUGGCCACUUUGCAGGUCAUGGCAUGAACUUUAAUCCACAGUUCCCAGGCCAGAUGCCAAUGGGUGGACCCUGUGUACAGCCAGGAGGCUUUCCUGUCAGCAAGGAUGUAACACUGACUAGCCCACUGCUGGUUAACUUGCUGCAGAGUGAUAUCUCAGCCAGCCAGUUUGGGCCAGGAGGAAAACAGGGAGCAGGGGGAGGCAAUCAAGCCAAACCCAAAAAGAAGAAACCACCAAGAAAGAAGAAGCCCAAAGAGGGAGAGGGACAACAGCAAGUAGAGGGAAUUGGUGGUCUUGAUGUGGCUGCUGGCAUGGAGGAUUCCGAACUGCCAAAUCUGUGUGCUGAUCAGAAUUUAGGUUUAGACAACUCUGGCCAGAAACUCCCUGAUUUUGCCAAUAGGCCUGCAGGCUUUCCUGGCCAACCUGGAGACCAGAGAGUAUUGCAGCAGGUACCCAUGCAGUUUAUGCAACAGCAGCAGCAGCAGCAGCAACAACAACAACAACAGCAGCAACAGCAACAACAACAGCAGCAGCAACAGCAACAACAACAACAACAACAGCAGCAGCAGCAACAGCAGCAGCAGCAACAACAACAACAACAACAACAACAACUGCAGCACAUGCAGCAGCAGCAGAUACAGCAACAACAAAUGCAGCAACAGCAACAACAAAUACAACAACAAAUGCAACAACAGCAACUACAGCAGCAGCAACAGUUACAACAACAACAGCAACAACAACAGAUGCAGCAACAACAGCAGAUGCAACAGAUGCAGAUGCAGGGUCUCCAGAAUGCUCAAGGGCAGCAGGGUAUGACGGGGCCGCAGACUCCCGGUCAAGGCCAACCCCAGAUGCACCCUCAUCAGUUGCAGCAGCAGCAGCAGCAGCAACAAACUCAACCACCCCACCUGCAACAGCAGCAACAACAGCAUAUGAUGCUGAUGCUGAAGAUGCAGCAGGAGCAGGCAAAGAAUCGCAUGUCCAUCCCUCCAGGAGGGCAGCUCCCUCCUCGGGGCAUUGGAAAUCCACCUGAGGUGCAGAGGCUUCCCGUCACACAGCAAGGCAACAUGCCUGUCAUGAUCAACCUUCAAGGACAUGGAGGGGUACCUCCAUCACCUGACAAAGCCAGAGGGAUGCCCUUGAUGGUGAACCCACAGCUUGCAGGUGCUGCUCGAAGAAUGUCCCAUCCUGAUGCAGGGCAGGGUCCUCAAGGCACUGGGCCUGAGGAGGCCGUUGCAGGGGCUCAUCCAAAGCAGGAAAGGCCUGGCGGCCCAGAAAUGGGGGUGCAGCCUGGAAAUGGAUCCCAACAAAUGAUGCCCAAUCAGGGCUCCAACACUCACAUAAUGAAACAAGGCCCUGGUCCAUCACCAAUGCCCCAGCACACUGGAGCCAGUCCCCAGCAACAGUUACCUAGUCAGCCUCAGCAAGGAGGUCCCAUGCCUGGCCUCCAUUUUCCCAGUGUCCCCACAACCUCACAGAGCUCCAGGCCCAAAACCCCCAACAGAGCCAGCCCCAGACCAUACCACCAUCCCCUCACCCCAACUAAUCGUCCGCCCAGUACUGAGCCCUCCGAAAUCAACCUUUCACCUGAGAGGCUUAAUGCCUCUAUUGCAGGACUGUUUCCUCCCAAAAUCAACAUUCCUCUGCCUCCCAGGCAGCCUAACCUAAACAGGGGAUUUGAUCAGCAAGGUCUUAACCCAACAACUCUGAAAGCCAUUGGGCAGGCGCCCCCUAGCUUAACUUUACCUGGCAACAACAACAAUGGCAGUGUUGGUGGAAAUAACGCUAACAGUCAGCAGCCUUUCUCUACAGUCACUGGGGUAGGAGGUGCAGGCACUAAGCAGGAGAAACAGCCUGGAGGGCAGGGUAAGAGGGCAAGUCCUAGCAAUAGUCGAAGGUCAAGUCCUGCUUCUAGCCGAAAAUCAGCCACCCCAAGUCCAGGUAGACAAAAGGGGCCAAAGAUGGCCCUCACAUGCCCUCCCCCUCAGCAGCAGUUGGUAAACCCACAGGGGCAAACCAUGAUGCUAGGCUCUACCUCAGUACCCCCAAGUCCAGUAUCUAUGCCUUCACAAGUGAGUGGGGCCAUGGAGGCUCAACAAAUCCAGAGCCCCUUCCACGGGAUACAAGGUAACCCUGCUGAGGGAGCCAGGGAAAGUCAGGGAAUGAUGACAGCAGAGCAGCGACAGAUGCCUCAGUCUCAACCCCAGCCCCAGCCAUUGAGGGAGCUAUCAGCUCCCAGAAUGGCAAAUCCUCGUUUCCCUAUGCCUCAGCAGCCUAAACCUGAAUUGGAACUGCAGGCUGGUGCAGGUGAUAGGCACACAGCACCUAUGCAGGACUCUGAGGUCCCAUCAACUCUUAGGGCAGCUCCAACCUCCCUCAAUCAGUUACUGGAUAACUCUGGUAUCCCAAACAUGCCUCAUAGGCCCAUACAGAGCAAUAUUGUAAGGGAUGUUAUGGGAAAGGACAGCCCCAAGUCUGCUUUGGAUCCAGAGAGACCACUCCACAGUAAUCCCCAGAGUACAGAUAUGUCAGUUGCUGUCUCUGCUACUACUACUACUACUACUACUACUAUAAAUGAAUUGGAAGCUAAACCCAAACCUUCUGUCCCAGUCCCUAUUAGCAGUCCUAGUUUACAGCCUGCUUCAAUUUCCAGCCCUCAUCCUAGCACUAACAUGGCCGUUAAUACUACCCCCAACCUUAGCCAAAACUCCAUCUCAAGUCUAGGUGUCAAUCCCAGUCCGAAUGUAAACCCAACACCUACGCUCUGCCCCACCCUAAGUACUAACACUAAUGCCACUACGACUGUAAGCCCCAACCUAGUCACUUCUGGUCAGAGCAGUCCUGCCUUGACUGUUAGUACCAACUCAAACUCCAGCUCAGCUCUAAAACCAAGCCCUAGUCCUAAACCUGUGUCAAGUGUCCACUCAGUCAUACAGAUCCCUGCCUCUUCAAGCACAAUUUCCCCCAACCAGAUCACCGUAUUUGUAACCUCUAACCCCAUCACCUCUGCUCCCACCCCUCAGGCUCCCACUUCUAUGGUCUCCACCAUGGUGGCUGUCCCCAACAAGAACAUUAGACCUCAGGACAUCCGGCAGCAGGCCCCGGUCCCCCGACCUCAGUUUAUCACCACCACCCCUGUAUUUAUCAACCCAAUUUUCCAGGUCCCAGGCGCAUCUGUGGCUCCCAAUACCACAAUGGUGUCUCAGUCAGUCACCAUGGUGGGGCCUAUCCAAGUGUCCACCACAAACAUCCAACUGUCUCCUGCCCCAAGCUCUACUCAGUCCUCAGGGGCCAACAUGACUAUUACUCAGCCUCCCAGAAGUGCUGUUGGGCAGGUCCAGAUUGCAACUAGUAUGUCCUCAUCAGUCCCAAUUGGUACCCCCCCAGCUCCUCAGCAGAUCAACCAAGGGGCACCCAAAAUAGAAAAUCUAGGUGAGGCAGCUCCUGCUCAGAAACCUAGUCCUCCAGUCCAGCAGCCAUCUCCCCAUCCAAGCCCCUCAGCACCAUCUCCCUUUCAGUCGCCCCUUGCUUCUCCUCCUCUCUGCUCCAGUCCUGGGGCUGCUAGCACAAUCCGAAAAAGCCCCAUGUCUCCAUCUCCCACUACCCAGAUGAAAAAUAAACCUGCACAGGCUGUUGCUGCUGUUUCUGUUACAGCUGACUCCCAGCAGAGUCCUGUAGAAAGGCCAGCGCAGGGCCCCACUGGGGCUGUUCCCCAACAGGUCCUUCAUCCUCCUGCUAGUUCUGCCAUUCAGAUUGAAGCACUAGCUUCUCAAACAUCUGCUGCUGCUGCCUCAAACAGCAUUACUCCACCUGCUGUCUCCUCUCCAAUCCCAGUUCUUGGCCAAAUGGCUGCUCCUACCCUGAUUGUUACCCAGGCUCCAGUGCCUGCACCAGCUUCAGUCACAAGCCAGGUCCAGGCUGUAACUUCUCAAGCUGCUAUUGCCACUGUAGUUGGUGCUACCACAGGUGUCUCUUCUGCUACCAUGCUCUCUACGGUUGCCCCCGUACAAAGUCCUGUACCGUCCAUUGUUCCAAUUGUUGCUGGAUCUGGACCUGCUCCAGAGGUUUCCCCCGCCACAUCCUCUCCAGUUUCUAACCCCAGCGGAGUUCCACCAGCUCAGCCUGAGCCCCCAGCUAUGGAGCCUCCAAUGCCACCCACUGCUGCAUCUGCUGAACCCCCUCAGACCACCCCAGCACCUGUUCAACAAGAAGUCCCACAGCCCCAGGAACCUGUUGCCAGUGAGAAGACAGGUGAAGAGGUCUCAACAGGUUCUGAGCAGGGAUGGGCAAAGAAAAGAAAGACGCCCAUCAACUUAGUCCCAAGGGCUGCUGCAGAGAAGCCCAAGGGACCAAGUAGACGCAGCUCCCGGGCAGAGAAGGAGGUGGAGGAGGAGCCAGUAGCAGACAGCGGCAUUAGGAAGAGAUCAGCCAGGCCUGGAACCAGUGCUGCUGUAAAGGAAACUGGAGCGAGCCCCACACAGGCCAAACGAAGGAAGUCCAAAUAGGCACAACUGCAGUUGUGGCAACCUGUGAACUGUACUGUAAAUGUUUUUGUUCCCGCUGUGAAUCAGUUGAUAUCGGUUUCUCUGUCCCAGAUUAUGAAUUUUCAAUGGAAGAAGAAACCAUGUACAGAUUGUUUUAAAAAGAAUUAUGGUAUCGUUUUGUCCAUGCUAUUAUGUGAGAUUGUAGUUAGAAUGUGUGCAAUACAGUAUGUGUUUGUGUGAAUGUGCUUUUUAUAUUAAAUGCUGGAUUAAUCAUGUGAAGACUGAUAAUGGAGCUUGUCAUGAUUGUAUAAUUAUGUUGUAAAACUGAAUUAAAUUUUCUACUGCUUUUUUGUUCUGUGAAA